AUGUUGACCUGUGAUCAUCCAGUUCCGCCAGAUCGGUACAACGAUCGAGUGGAGGAGCAUUUACGAGUUACUGGAUUUUAUCAUGCAUCUCAAAUUGGUGUCGUACAGAAUCAGAAAGCACUCGUGAAUGCUCUAAUCGAACGCUGGCACCCGGAUACACAUACGUUUCACCUUCCCAUUGGUGAAUGUGCUGUAAGUCUUGAAGAUGUUGCUCUAAUUCUUGGUCUACCGACUGAUGGUCUUCCAGUCACUGGGAUGACAAUGAGUAGCUUCCCAGCGUUGGAGGCGGAGUGUUUGCAUCAGUUUGGAGUUGCACCGAGUAAGUCGGAGUGUAGAGGAUGCUGCAUAAAACUAACCUGGCUACGGGAUCUAAAAGAAAACAUUCAGUUGACUGAUGAAAUAAGUAUACAGAGGUAUGUGAAGUGUCACAUCAUGUUGCUAAUCGGGACGAUGUUGUUUGGGGAUAAAUCUGGGGCAGGUGUGCACUGGAAGUUUCUACCCUUGCUUCGUGAUUUUGCCAGUAUUGGACAGUAUAGUUGGGGGUCGGCAUGCCUAGCGCACCUCUACAGGGCAUUAUGCAGGGCAUCUCGUUAUAACUGUAAAGAAAUGGGUGGUCCAAUAACACUUCUGCUCUGUUGGGCUUGGAUGCGAAUGCCAUACCUAUCGCCGGUUCCUAGGGAACCCCACAGUUUUCCACUAGCCAACAGUUUAGCUAAUUGCAAAUAUGAUAUUAGGUGGCGUAAUUGGGAGCGUGGCGACAGACGAUAUAGAUAUCUUAAUCUAGCUCACUUUAGAAAGACCUUUGAUGACCUGCAGGAAGGCCAGUUUGUGUGGGUUGCAUAUGCUGUGGAUCGCGUGGAUCCGAACAUCAUUCUUGCUGAAAUAUAUAUGCAGUCGGUUGUGUGGACCGCUACUGUUCCGUUGGUGUCAUUUGAAUGUGUGGAGUGGCAUGCUACGGAUAGGUUUAGGCGACAGUUCGGUUUCUUACAGGGAGAACCUUCUGAGGAGCGAAGUUUGGAUAAGGCCCAUGGGAAAGUCCUGACUGGUCCUAAGAAUCUUAACUGGGCCACAACACCGACUCAUGCAAGUUGGGUAAUGCAUUGGACAAACAGGUAUAACUACAUUCUUUCUGAGCUUCCCAUUAAUUCACCGCAUCCAUUGGAAAGUUACAUGCAGUGGUACCGGUCAAAAUAUGGGAACCGGUUGAACUUGUCGAAUCUUGUGGGUCAAGACAGUGAUGAGGAUAAUCAGAAUAUCGAUGAGGGUAAUGAGAUUAUGGAUGAGGAUAAUGAGGGCAUGGAUGAUGACAAUGAGGAAGUGGACCCACAGUUACCCCAAACAUCUAUUUCGAAUCCACAAACCCAAGAACAACCUCAGUUCUCAAGCCAGUACGUACCUCAGACACAGUUCUACCCGUCAUUUCCAAUGCAUCAACAAUAUUGGGGUAUGUCACAGUUUGAUCCCGGAGAAGGAGGUUCUUUUAGCCAAUUGCUUGGGUUCAUGGCUGGAGAUGCCGGACAGUCACAGUAUGGCAAUGAAGCUGAGAUCCAGGCGGGUAGAUAUUCAUUGGAUGCCAGGCUCCCUUGCCAUACUUCAUCGGUCGCUUCUGGAGGGUUUGUAUCUGUUGACUCUAGUAGAAGUGAAGAUGGACACGGUGUACUUAAUAGUCAACAUCCUCACCGUGUAACCAUGGGACCUGUUCAGGAAGAUGAUAACACACCCGAGGAUGACACGAAUGCGUACAUAGUAGAUGAAAUGGAGGAGGAUGUCGACGAUGACGAGGAUGAAAUUGAGGAGUUCGAUGAGGAUGAGGAUGAGGAAUCCCGCAAUGAUGGCCAGGCACACACUCCGGAUGAGAAAGGCAAAGGUUACAAUCUCAGGAUUGAUCCACCACGUCGCAGCGCUAAUCGCUACACUCCAUCUGUAUUCAAAAAAGCCGCAAAGAAGUGCAAGAACUUCGUCAAUGAUGUCAAGACUAAUGUAUUCAUAAUGAUGUGGACUAUGAUUUUAUGGAUGAAUAAUGCAAACUAUGAUAUCAAAAGUAUGUAUUAUGCGAAAUAUGAUAUUAUAUCGAUGAAUAAUAUGAAAUAUGGUAUCAAUAAUGUGUAUUGUGUACGAUAUGUUUAUAGAUUUUAUGUAUUCAAUAAUUGA